AUGCUGACAGCUACUAGUAGGUUCUAUCCAAUACCAGCUCGCAGCCUCGCCAUGGCGCAAUCCCACCACCCCGCAAGUCAGCAUUGCCAGGCACGAGUGCAUCUCCCGUGCUUCUUUGACAUGGGCCUUCCCGAUCGGGCCGCAAGAUGGUGGUGA